AUUGAUAGAAAAUUGUACAGCGCAUGUAAAGAAUUGGUUCCUGACAUAAAACUUUCUAUAAAUUAUUUCAGAAUGACUUCAUUUUCCCAUCUUAACAUGCAAGAAUGCGUUUUUGUGCCAGACAUAGCUGAUAUAAACAGUAUAUGCAUUUGUUGCAAUUCACAAAAUGCCUUACUACUCAAUUUGAGUACCUGUAAACAUAGUUCGUUUUUGACGAACGACUUAAAAUUAGAGCUGGACCUAUCAAAGACGUACAUAUGUGUAUUCUGUCAUCAUACAUUGAAAAAAAUAGAAAAAUUCAAACAGCAAGUUGCAGAAAGCGUUGCCUUACUUCUGGAUCAGACGACACCAUUAAAAAUAAACAGGCUACAUAACCUGAAACAGUCUACAGUCGAAAUAACAACAUCAGACCAAUAUACCUUCAAAGCAAAACCCGAUUUACAAUACGAAAAUACAGACCAAGACUGUCACAUUGAAAUUUUGACAGAUGUCAAAAUUGAGUACGAAUCAAGCGACGAAACUGAAAUUCCACUUUCAAAAUUGAAAAAGGAAAAAGAAGGUGAUAAAUAUGAAGGGAAAAUCGCGGUUAUUAUUCUUAGUGAAGAAGAAUUGAGAGAAGAGAGAGUGAGAAUGAGUAAAAAUGAGAAGUAUUUGAAGCUUCCUUUUAAAUGUGAUAGUUGUGUAGUGGGUUUUGAUCAUGAAGUUAGUUUGGUCAGCCAUAUGGAUAAACGGCAUAAGAAGGUCAAUAAAAAUAGUUUUCAGUGUAAUAUUUGCAAAUCCAUAUUGAGUACAAAGCCCUCGUAUUAUGAGCAUACAAGAAGGCAUUUUAGAAGAUUGGAGUGCAUGGUAUGCCAUAAGAGGUACAAUCAUAUGCAGUCGGCAGUCCAGCAUUAUGAUGAACAACACGCUCCGGCUGGGGCUGGCAUACAGCGAGGGUACACUUGUAAAGAAUGUGGCUUUACUACCACAUUAAACCGUGCGUACCGCUAUCAUAUGGACAAACACAAGGAGAAGCAGAGCUGCAACAUAUGUGGGGCUUCCUUCGUCAGUGCUAACGGUCUUAAAGUUCAUAUGCUCACGGUUCACCAACAAUCGUCCCGGGUGUACAAAUGCGAGUAUUGUAACAAACAGUACAGCGCUCGCUCGGGGUAUGAAGCUCAUCAGCGCAGUGUGCACGGGGAGCCUGAUGAUAGAGGGUUCUGUGUUGAGUGUAAGACUCACUUUAGGACGAAGAAAGGAUUGGCUCAUCAUUUGAGUACUCACUCGAGGCAUGUUAGUGAGAGUGAUAAGAGAUUUAUUUGCGACGAAUGCGGCGCUAAGUUUGUAACGAAGACUAAUUUACAAGUGCACAUCAAUUGGGAACAUUUAAAAAUUAACACACAUAAGUGUAGUAAAUGCACUAAGGUGUUCAAAAGCCGCUCGGAUCUGAAUCGUCACGUGACGUACGUACACUUGAAGAAACGUCCGCCGCGCAACAAGAUCUGUGACUACUGCGGAAGAGGUUUCACUACGCAAACGAUCCUACAAUGCCACAUCCGCACUCACACAGGCGAGCGUCCACUACAGUGCGCUCAGUGCAGCGCCACCUUCGCACACUCCGCCGCGUUAUACACGCAUACUAAACUCAUACACAAGAGCAGAUAGAUAUUAUAUAGUAAUAUAAGAUAAAGGCAACAAAA